GUUCCUUCAAAAGAGGAAGCUGGUAGCCAGUUAAAACUGGCCACGGAAUUUUGGAAUUUUUCCUAGUGUUUACUGAGCGAUUGCUAAUACAGGUCCGGCAGAUUUUGAAGAUUAUGUGUUAAAUUUAUUAGCUCAAGUUCAGCGCUAAUACCCGCCUACAAGAUGAGAGAAGUGGUUCUCACUGCAGCCAGCUUGGCGUUAACUGGGGCUGUUGUUGCGAAUGCCUACUACCAAAAGAAUCAAUUUUACCCUUCUGUCGUGUACUUAACUAAAUCCAGUCCAAGUAUGGCGGUUUUGUACAUUCAAGCGUUCGUGCUUGUUAUUCUGUUCGGUAAAAUGAUGCGAAAGGUAUUCUUUGGACAGUUGCGAGCAGCUGAGAUGGAGCAUUUGAUAGAGAGAUCAUGGUAUGCAGUCACUGAAACCUGCUUGGCAUUUACAGUUUUCCGUGACGACUUUAGUCCUCGAUUUGUUGCUCAGUUUACAAUGUUGUUGUUUCUAAAAUGCUUCCAUUGGUUGGCGGAAGACAGGAUUGACUACAUGGAAAGAAGUCCUGUAUUGACAUGGUUAUUCCAUGUCCGAGCAGUUUUGCUUCUCAUGUUUCUGGGGAUGGUGGAUGCAGUUCUUGUGCAUGUUGCAUAUAAUACAACUAUGCAAAGUGGAGCAUCAGUACAACUUGUUUUUGGAUUUGAGUAUGCCAUUCUGUUAACAAUAGUAGUAACCAUCCAGAUGAAAUACAUCCUGCACAUUGUAGACCUUCGAAGUGAAAAUCCAUGGGAUAACAAAGCUGUGUAUCUAUUGUAUACUGAAUUAAUUACAGGUUUUAUCAAGAGUGUUCUUUAUAUUUGUUUUAUGAUCAUCAUGAUCAAAGUACAUACAUUCCCACUUUUUGCCAUUAGACCCAUGUACUUGACGUUACGGGGAUUCAAGAAAUGUAUUAGUGAUGUUAUUAUGUCUCGGCGUGCUAUUUCAAAUAUGAAUACACUUUAUCCAGAUGCCACACCUGAAGAACUCCAACAAGGGGACAAUGUAUGCAUUAUAUGUCGUGAAGAAAUGACCACAGGCUGUAAAAAAUUACCAUGCAAUCACAUAUUCCAUACAAGCUGCUUACGCUCUUGGUUUCAAAGGCAGCAAACAUGUCCAACAUGUAGAAUGGAUGUACUCAGACCUCAGCCCCCACCACAGCCUCAGCAGCCGCCACCCCCACAAGCUCCUCAGCCCCCUUUUGGCUUCCAUCCCAUGGGGGUUCCUCCUCCGCCUAUGGGAAUUCCCCCUACCCCAGGGGUACAACCCCAAGGUCUACAAAACGCUCCUCCAGUCAUGUUUCCUGGUUGGCCACCAAUGGGUGUUCCUCCAUUUCCACCAGGACAACAACCUCCUGUCCCAUCACAAGCACCUGCCCCUGGUGUUACUUCUGCUACUGGUUCUAGUAGUCCUCCACAACCAGGUCCAAGUUCAGCUCAGGAUGCCAGCCAAACACAGAUGCCAGGAUUUGGGAUGCCUCCACCAUUUAUGUUUCCUCCACCUUUCAUGAUGCCACCUUUCAUGUUUGGUGAUCUCAGCAUGCCUCCCAACAUGGACUUUUCAUCUCUAAAUAUUGAACAGCUGGUAGCUGUUGAAGGUCAGGAAAGACAGAAUGUGGAAGCAAGGAUAAACAUGUUACGGACUGUACAUGCCCUGCUGGAUGCUGCCAUAGUGCAGCUUAAUCAAUACACUCAGAUGGUAAAUGCGCAGAGACAACCGCCCUUAAAUGUUCCUCAGCCGUCGACCUCAGCGGGACCCUCAGGAUAUGGGACCGCUGAAGCAGGUCCCUCGGGAUUAGGAACGACAGAAAAUGGUCCCUCGGAAUUGGGGUCAGGAGGCGCACAAUCUUCGGUACUCGGCGGAACGACAAAGACAGCGGGAACGAAUACAUUCUUAUCCGCAGGGAAAUCAUCUUCACCUACACCUGGGCCUUCCGCAGAAUCUGAUUCUUCAGCCUCUGAAUACUCGGCGGCAAAAGCCGCAGUUUCAACAGAUAAAGACAUUUCGCAAACAGAACUGAACUCAAAUGACGAGAACUCUGAAAUAAGGCGGCGUAGACUGGAGCGCUUUUCGAACACCACGAAUCAAGACAGUGGUGAUAAUGAGCACGAGAACUGAUAAUGUAUAUUGCUGUUAGACACGGACAGUUUUCAGGAAUCUUAAUGAAUAUGGACAUGCCACCUUCGAACAAAGCAGUGAGCAGUGACUCUUAGUGUAAAAUCUUAUUUAAAGUUUUUAGUUUCAGACCGGUGAAUGAAAUGAGUUCCCAAGCUUCUUCGGUGUCGGGAAGAAUGAGACAGAUUCCAAGGAAAUGUUUCUUGUAAAGGACAACGAACGAACACAUAGGCAUCUUUCUUGAGAAAGGCAACAUCCAAGAGAAGGAAAUCUAGAAAAAUUAAAUUUAAUUGAAAUAA